AUGUCGGACGAACACUUCGCUAUCAAAUUAGAGUUGCCCGCACAGCUCGACGCAUUCAGUUUCAGCUUCACUACGACGAAACCAGGUCCUGUAAAAAUUGAAAUCUCCAUUGACAAGCAAUUACCGAUACCCCACAUACGUAGCUUCGGCUGGACUAGUACUACGGGUACUACUGCUCGGCGUGAAGUGGUUGACGAGAGCGAGACGGAACCGGAGUCACCUGCAACUGUCAAGUGCCAGAAGGAAGUGGUUGACGAGAGUGAGACGGAACCGGAGUCACCUGCGACAAUCAAGAGCCAGAAGGUUAUCGAGUAUCGACCACCCAAGCACAAGCUUACCCCAGUUCAGCCUACAUCCCAAGUUGAUUGGACUAGUACUCUGGGUCUGAGUCCGAUGUCGAACGAAUUAGAAACACCCCAGAGCUUUACUCGAUGGUAUCAUGAUGCUAAACAAAGUAGCCUUCAAGCUCGUAUAGAUGAAGCUGGCGUAGAGACUCCUCCUUUCAAGCGACAACGCCGGUCUCCUAGCUAG